AUGUCAUCGACACCAACAAAAGUGCAUAUCGCAGUAGUUGGAGGAGUUUGGACGUAUAUUCCGCCAAACACUAUAGUAGAGAGUUUAAGACAAAGUCUUCAAGAGAAUGGGACCAAUGCGACUCCAUCGAACUAUAACAUCCGCGCCGCAGACAUACAACAAAUUUUCGAGAGCUUUUACAACACGUCCCUUUCAAAAUUGUCUCCAGACAUUCAAAUGUACUUUGCUCUCCGAUUUAUGAAAAAGGAGAGUGCUGAGGAGAAGCGAAUAGGUACACUCAUCAUCGUGAAAAAUUUAGAUUUCUUAUCGAUCGGGUAUCUCGACGACUUUGUUCGCAUCAUCGACAAUUACAUACCAGACUGGAACACGUGCGACUCCUUUAGUAAUAAAGUGCUUGGACCCCUUGUCAAGAAGUCCGACGAAUUUGCGCAGAGUAUCGCGAAAUGGAAAGACUCCGGGAAAGUGUGGAGAAUGCGGGCCGCUUGUAUAUCAUUUGUUAAUUUAGCUAAGGUCGGAGCCAUGACGGAGCUUUCAUUUGAUAUAUGUCAACAUUGUUUGAAGUCGACAGAAAGGUUUGUUCAACUUGGGGUUGGGUGCUUAUUGAGGGAAAUGUCAUUGAUGUAUGCAAACGAUGUCGUUGAUUUCAUCACCAAAAAUUUUAGGUACUUCAGUCGUGAAGGGUUGAGAUAUUCAAUAGACAAACUUGGGGCUGAUGUGAGAAAGAAAAUAUUGUCCCUUGGAAAGAGAAAAGGACAACAGAUUGACGACACUGAGGAUUUCACUAGGGAGACUAUUACUUCCCAAAAAUACUCUAUAUAA